AUGGUUGAAUUCAGUAGAAACAUUAAUGAUUUUUAUAAAAUUGAGGGAGAUCUUGGAUAAGGAAGUUUUGCAGUGGUAAAGAAGGGCGUUAAUAAAAAAACUGGGGAGAAAGUAGCUAUUAAAAUUAUACCAAAGAGCUAGUUGAAUGAGGAUGACCGUAUUGGCUUGCAAAAUGAAAUAGACAUUUUGACUCAUGUCGACCACCCUAACAUAGUCAAAUUAUUCGAGGUUUAUGAAGAUGAGAGUUCAUAUUCAUUAGUAAUGGAAUUGAUGACAGGAGGAGAGCUGUUUGACACUAUCCUGGAGAAAGAGCAUUACAGCGAAAAGGAGGCAUCAGAGACAAUUAGACCAAUAAUUGAUGCCAUAGGGUAUUGUCAUUCCCUAAACAUCAUACAUAGAGAUAUCAAGCCUGAGAAUCUUUUAUACUCCUCAAAAAAUCCAUCUUCCAGAGUAAUUAAGGUGUCUGAUUUCGGACUUGCCAGGUUCAUAUCUUCUGAGACACUUGCUACGACAACCUGCGGAACACCAGGUUAUGUUGCACCAGAGAUCCUAGAAUAACAACCUUAUGGGAAAGAAUGCGACUACUGGAGCAUAGGUGUUGUUCUCUAUAUAUUAUUGUCAGGAUUCCCUCCCUUCUUCGACGAGGAGAAUGACAACAUGAGACUCUUUGAAAAGAUAAAGAAAGGUAAAUACGACUUCCCUUCUCCUACUUGGGACUGUAUCUCUCAAGAAGCAAAGGACUUGAUAAAGAAUUUGCUAAUCGUAGACCCAUCAAAGAGGAUGAAUUGCGAGCAACUAUUGACACAUCCAUGGAUUCUUGGAGAAACUUCAGCAGAUAAAAUGAUAAAGAGAUAAUGA